CGCCUUGAUACCGGUAGGAAGAGAGCCUGUUUAUACAGAGUUAACGUAUAAGAAUACCCUCAGCUACCCUGGGAGCCGGUCUCAAUAGAUAGCCCAUACUGCAAACUGUUCCUGUCCUUUCCCCGCUCAGACCACCUCUGUUCUGCCACCCCUCACCGCCUGUAUGUUUCCGGCAUAGGUAUAUAUUCUAGGCUAGGCAGUCCACCACCCGGCGUCGAGGCGACUCCGGGCCAACAAUCAAUACCGUCUUCCUUUUCCAUCGUCUAUUCGCUCGCCGAAUCUUGCAGCAUUCGUACGCAGUGCCUUACAAGAGACGAGCACCCUCGCACUCCCCUUCCUAGUGCCACCGCCGCUCGCAAUUGCGAUGGCGACCGACCCCGCGGCACACGCCCCUGUCUCGGCUAUGACGCUGGACAACUACAGAUUCCCGACGGACAAAUUGAAGAUGCGGCAAGAGGUCGAGGAUCGCAUCCCCCUUGUUCUUGUCGCUUGCGGUAGUUUUAGCCCCAUCACCAUCCUCCACCUACGCAUGUUCGAAAUGGCGAGCGAUUAUUCGCGGUUAAGUACCCAGUACGAAGUCGUCGGAGGCUACCUCUCUCCUGUCUCCUCGGCGUACAAAAAGGCCGGGUUGGCUCCGGCGCGCGACCGCGUACGCAUGUGCGAAUUGGCGGCUGACGACGCGCCCAGUUGGCUGAUGGUCGACCCGUGGGAAGCUAUCCAACCCGACUACACGCCCACUGCCGCCGUCUUGGAUCAUUUCGAUUACGAGCUGAACCAAGUUCUCGGGGGCGUCUAUGGUGUCGACGGCGAGUCUCGGAGGCCUGUGAAGAUUAUGCUUCUCGCUGGCGCCGAUCUGCUAUCCACCAUGUCUGCGCCGGGUGUAUGGGAUAAGCAGGAUCUGAACCACAUCCUCGGCGAUUUUGGCGCCAUGAUCGUCGAGAGGAGCGGGACAGAUAUGGACGAGGCUCUCGGAAACCUCAAGCAGUGGGAGAACAACAUCCACUUUAUCCCCCAGCUCAUUCACAAUGAUGUUAGCAGUACUAAGAUCCGGCUUCUACUGAAGCGCGGCAUGAGCGUCAAGUGGAUGACCCCCCACGCCGUCACCCAGUACAUGAACGAGAGGGGGUUGUACACGGAUGACCAAGAUACGAAGUCCAAAGACAAGGGCAAACAACAAGCGAAGAACUGAAUCGUGACCACCUGCGUCGCAAUCUCUCUAACAUCGAGCCAGCUCGAAUCACGGCAACGAAUCAAUCGCCGCCAUCCGCGCCCGGAAUCAAACUAUUCCGGCCGCGGAGUCCGGAUGGUUGCCCUAGGUUUCUGAAUCUUCUUUUUGGCGAGGAACCAGCGU